AUGCUCCGCACCCUCGUUGCGCAGUUGCAACAACCCAAUGCGGCUAUCCAAUUCAAGCUAGCACAAGUCCUGCCACAACGUUAUACUCUCUUCGACAUUGCCAACGGGUUGUCCGAAUGCCAGACCUUGCCGGAACGCCGUGUCAUCGAGGGGGUAUCUCUCUGCCUGAAGCAGACUGAUCGCAUUGAGAGGAGAUCUGAAGAUGCUGAAAAUGCUGCCAGAUUAGCCAACUAUGCCACGAUGCUCCUCGAGCGAACCCCGGAUGGCCUGCCUCUAUGUUGUCCAUCAUCUGACAAUGCUGCUCCCGUGGACGACGUCCUAGGCGUCCUUCUCAGCCUCGUCGUGCAUCACUCAUUAUGCCUUGACGAUGACAUAUUACUGGCUGUGGCCGCGUACACAGACGGCCAUGAAGACUGGUCGGCGCCGACAACGGCCUCGAUAGCCAAAGACCUGUUGGAUCAUGCGCUAAGCGACGGGCAUCGAAAAACCGCUUUCAUCACCUCAGUAGUUCUGGAAAGAUUUAUCCGGCCAAUCUUUUCUCGUUACUCCUCCAGCCGUCUCACUUCAGCUGGCAGGCAAGCCUAUUAUCGUGACGAUGAUCACGAUGAGGUCACUGGAAGCGCUCUCUCUAGUGGCACAGACACGAAACCAUGGAAAAGUACCCAGUCGCAUGCUGUCACUGUCUUCGCCUGGACUGUCGAGCAGUCAGAUGAGCACAUUAUUGCCACAAAAUGGCCUCUUUUUGUCCCCGUUAUUCUGUGUCUCAUAGACGACACAGACACUGCAUACAAGGCGCGGGGCCUUGCUAUCCUGCAGGAGUUCCUUGAGCGAUCCACUGCCAGUAUGCUAAGGGCUACAGGGCUUGGUGAAAUAUUUGAGCAAUCCAUCUUUCCCUCCUUGAUGUCCUUGCCGACCUUGACACAUGAGGAUGAAUCGAUCCAGCUCCUUAUUCCGGCGUACGGUGCUGUAAUACGGUUGGCAGAUGUCCAAUUUCCAGAUCCAAGCACCGGCUCUCAAAAGAAUCAUUUUCUUACCAGGUUGCUCAGGGAGGCCAUUUUGGCCGGUUACUGGCAUGCAUCCGAUUAUGCCGGCAUUGUCGAAGUGCUGUCACGGCAGGUUUCGUCAGUCGUCCGCAGACUGGGCACGUUUACUAUCCCGCACGUCAAGGGUUUGCUGUCCAUGCUGACGACCAUUCUGUCCGACCCUUUCAUCGUUACUCAGUUGCAGAUCCAGCGCAUUCAAUUGAGGUACUGA